AUGGCCGAUAAACUCCGCACGAUCCAAAACCUCGAGGCGAUGCAAGCCCGCUACAUCGGUACGGGACACGCCGACACCACCAAAUACGAAUGGGUGUCGAAUAUCGUUCGUGACAGCUACGCCUCGUACAUUGGACAUCCGCCUAUGUUGUCGUAUAUGGCGAUGGGAAUGGGAGAGUCGAAGGAGAAGGUCCGCGCUCAGAUGAUUGAGAAGAUGGUGAGGGGGGCGGGGAAUCCGCCGGAGACGCAGGAAUGAGUGUAUCUCGUUUGGGAGAUGGGAAGGCAGAGGGAGAGGGAGAGGGGAUGGAGGGGGGGUUGAGAUGGGAUAAGCUGGUGGAUGAAUGGAUGGGAAUACGGCCAGAAAUACAGUCGAUGAGGUGCAUAUGGGAGAGCAAUGAUCAAACGGUAAAGGAGUUAGGCGUCAGGCUUUGUACAAUACUCGCCAUGGGAUACAGGAAUGGGAUACAAAAUCCAAUGUAGUUACUUCUCCGCCGCCAACCGCGUAUUCUCACUUUGCAACGAC